AGUUCAUUUUGCCUUAACAGUAAAUGAGGCGCAUUUCGUUGUUUCCAAGUUCUGUACAGGAAAAUGUCGUGCAAAACAAAAAGAUUUUAAAUUCAAAUUAAUAAUGUUGUACAUUAUACAAAUAUCGACGUAAGCUAUUUCAAUCUGAAUACCAAAGUCAGUGUUAUUUUAUUUUGAAUCGUUUCACAUGAGUUGUUGCUCCACGCGGGAUGCACACGACUUUAUAUCGAUACAAAUACAGAUAUAACAGCAAUGUAUGUAUGUUUAUGUCUCGGCGCCUGAUCUGUCUUAUCUAUAAUGCACAUUGCAUUUAGUUUUAGUGUAGUUGCGCCACGCAUGCUCCGGCCGCCACAGAAAUAACGUAGAAUAUCGGUCACAGACGCGAGCGCAGAAUGAACGCAUCGAAUUAAUUGCCGGACGGCGCACCACUAUCGUGGUGGACGUGCCGCGAGCGGACGCUUCCGUUACCACAUUUAAAAAUAUUAAAAAAGCGCGCGAACGCAGCUGUCAGUGUCAAAGUCAAAUCGCGAAGUAUUUUGAAAAUUCUUUUGUUUGUGUUUUUUGCUCGUUUGUUUUUUUUUUAUUGUGUGAAAGGGUGGUUUCUUGGUAACAGUGAUGUUUCACCCAAAUUAAUCGAAGCAAAUAUAGUCUGCUAUCACAAAGGUCAAAUAUGCGUUCGUCGUGUAUAAUUAGGAAAAUAUUGAUAAGCGAUCGCGGUCGAGUGCAAAUGUCGUCGAUAUCGUACGCGCGCUCUAUACUGUUAUGGAGACGUCAAAGCUAAGUUUCGCGGAAUCCCGCGUGUUGAUUCAUACACCGGUUAUCGUGCAAGCGCGGCACAAUGUGUGAACUAGCAAGUUGGAUUCCGAGCGCAGUCGCGGCCACACUGCGCGCCGACACAGCGCCGCCCAUCAUCGAGUGGCUCUCGAGCAUCCGGCUCGCCAUCGAGGAGUACGACCCCCUCGUCACCGUCACCCCGCCAGCACCCGAGCCCGACUCCCCCGACAGCAAGUUCGACGAGAUCCUCUCCCAGCUCGGCAAGGAGAUCUACAAACUCGACGAGUACCAGCGCAACUUGGCUCCCAGCGAGAAAGAAAUAUCGCUCAGCGUUCUAAACAUAUUCGACGAAUGUUUGGAACGCAUGGCGGACGAAAAACAAGCUAAAAACAGUGAGAGUGAAUGUGAAUCUACCCUAUCGGAUGUCUCAUUCGUGACGAGUACGCCGGCUAGUGUCAAAGUUAAUAUAAACACGAUAUUCGACAAGGGCGACGGCACGCCGAUACCGCCGCGGCGGGCUCGGCUAAAAUCGAUUUACGACAAUUCGAUUUCAGAUAUGGAAUCGAAUAACAACGAGAGCGAGUCGUCGAGCGAUUCCGAGAGCACUUGCUGGAGCUAUAAAGAAUGCAGUACGGACGACAAUGAAGGCAACCCUUACGCGGCGGUGUGGGCUCACUCGACCGGCUUUCACAACUCGGACGAAAUACUACGUCGUGUGUUAUCGCAGCACCACGCUACUAUAUCGCGUCUUUCGUUCGACACGGCGAGCGAUUUUAUACCUGCUCGGUAUUCAGUGUACUCGCUGCACGAGGUGGGAGAAUGUAAGGACAGGUGUGUUGACAGUGGCUCAGUAGCGAUGACGCCGGACAAGCCGACGGACGACGGCUACGAGCCGGUGCGGGACGCGAUCACCGACGAGAACAUUUACGAGGAGAUCGAGUAUGGAUAUAGUUACACCGACGAGGGCUGCUCCUGUGGUGGUAGUGUUGAAGUGGAAAGUUGUUCUAUAAGUGCCAGUUCUGAAGGGGUCGGCAGAGAGAGCCCGCUGUACGCGAACCUACGGGACCACGACGCGUACGCGGUCCCUGCCGACGUCAUUCAUUGGAAGAACCUUCUUUUGGACCCGUUUUAUAAUGACGACGAGGAAGACGAAUGGAUCACCCCAGAAGAAUGUGCGGUGUACAGCAGGGACCAGCGACCGCCCCUGGUCAUCCCUCGCAUCACGCAGUACAGGAACCCUCGUCCUAGGGCACAGCCUAUGGGUUAUGGAUAUCAUGAGGAGGAUAUACCAGAGCAGGGCUCUCUGAGAGGCCCUCGCUACGAGCCUCUGAACUGGAGUCCGACAUCAGACCGGUGCCGGGAGGACCAUGACUUCGGCUACGGUAAAGUCGGCUCCGAUAAAAGACUGGGAGGGUCAACAGAAAAUCUGUUACUCAAUCCCAGAAGACCACAUCACCUGCAGCUGCCGGCUUCCUCGUCUGGUGACAGCCUGGACUUGGAGUAUCGAAAGCCGCCAGCCUACGUCAGGAACAGGAAGUCCAAGUCCAUGGUUGCUCCUAAACAUGGGAUGAGGUCACCUGUCCCUGCGCCCAGGCUGACUCUGCAGCAGAGGAAUGAAGCAUUUUUGGAAGGUCCAGUCAGACGCACCAAGUACCAGGAAGGCUCAAAGAAGACCAGAAAGAACUGGAUAGACUGCUACAUGGUGUUGACACCCACAGCUCUGCAUUUCUAUAAGGAUCAAAGGACGUAUUAUGCUCCAAAAAUGACUUGCCCACCAGGCACGCCGCCCAGCCCGUCUGCGCCGGAGCCCGAGUUGAAGCUGCCUCUUCGGAACGCACGCGUAACACAGUGCAUUCAAAAGCAAACCAAAAGAUACUCGAGGUCGUUCCAGUUAACUGUGGGUCAGGACCACUACCUGAUCCAGGAUGAGACUGAGGAAGGCGCCAGGAAGUGGCUCAACCAUAUAAUCAGUGUCUUGAACAACCCGCACCCAUUAUCAAUGGCUGGCGAGUCCCCCCCUCCAGCUUACCAGAGCAGCAACACCGACCUGGAGAGCCUCGGCCGCACCCCCCCGGCCGCCAGGCACGCCAACCGAAACAAACAAAAAGCCGGAGGCAGCAGUAAUGAAGAUCUGAGCGACUCGACAGAAAUUUCUAUACAGAAAUCACAUGUACGGAGUAGAUUAAGAAAGUUCUUCGCCAAAAGACCAGCGAUGGAGCAACUCGUCAAGAAAGGGAUAUACAAAGACGAGCCAGUGUUCGGUCGGAACUUGGACGAGGUCUGCCCGCCGUCCAGCCCCCGCGUCCCCGAGUUCGUGGUGCAGUGUGUGAACGAGAUAGAGAGCAAUGAGGAGAACAUGUGUACUGACGGCCUGUACCGCGCCAGCGGGAACCUCAGUCAAGUGCAGAAGAUUAGACUCGAGGUGGACCAGAACAAGAUGUCAGUGAUUCGCAACAACACGGACAUCCACGUGCUGACGGGCUCGCUGAAGCUGUUCUUCAGGGAGCUGAAGGAACCCCUCAUACCCUGCUCGAUCUUCGACAGAGUCCUCGCUGCCUGCUCAAUAAAGCCAAAGGAGGCGAGGAUCAAGGAGUUCCAGAGCAUCGUGAAGGCUCUGCCGCAGUGCAACAGGGAUACACUCAAGUUCCUGCUCGAGCACUUGCUAAAGGUAACAGAACGCAAAGACCGGAACAGGAUGCACACAGCGAACCUAGCCAUUGUUUUCGGACCCACAUUACUAUGGGCCCCCGCCGAACAGGCCCACAAUAUCGCCGUCGACUGCAUCCAACAGAACAACGUAGUGGACAUCCUUCUCACAGACUUCAAAGAAAUAUUCGGGGAUGACAGCAAAGGAAAGAAAAAAGCGUGACUGAAAAACUACAAUUAACGGGUAGAGGUUAAAGCCCCAAAAUUGGUUACUGUUCUAAACAUUCAAAGGUAAAACGUUACGCGUCCACCAAAAUUAUUUAUUGAGAAUUUGUGAACAUUAUCUUGAUAUAAAUCCAAGAUAUUGUUCAAAAACCGGGUUAAAAUGUACAACAGUAACCAAUCAUUCCAAUGGGUUAGGUCGUGAUAAGCUAGAUGUUUACGAAGUUCUAUAACUAUAGGCGAAAUAUUUUGUAUAUACAGACCGUGAGCCAAGAAUAUCUGGUACGAUACUCUUUGGUUUACAACUUAUUUAAUGUAUCUGCGAUUUAAUACUGGCUGUAUAGAUCAGAAAAGAAAAUGGAUACCCGCGCUGUCAAAAUACGAAUUGAAGUUUGAAGUUCGACACGUUCUAUUAUUCCUUUGAAUGUAAGUAAAGUAAGUUUGGUAUUUUAUUUAUGGUCAGCAUUGCGUUUGGAUUUUUCCAUGUUUUUUCUGGUCUAUAGCAAGAUAUUAGUGACUUACAUUGGCGCGAAAAAAAUAACUGCAUUAAAAUGGUGAAUUUUACAAUUUCAAAUCGAGACAAAUUUAUUGAGAAAAAAAAUCAAACAAAUUAAAUUAUUUCCCUUUAGUUGGUCCGAAUUAUUUUUUUGUAAAAAUUUGACACUAAUAUGAGUUGUGAUUGUAAAGCAAUAUAGUACGGAAAGACUGUCCGAGGCUAGAGAUAAAUGAUAAUAUAUUCAAAUAUUAGAUAUAUAGACAAAAAAAUAUACGUUUCUUCUAUAUGUAUAUAUUUAGGCACACUUAACCUAAAGCGAUCUGGUCUGGAAGUAACCUUAUUUUACAAACAGAUGUGUAUUGACAUUUAGAAUGUUCUAGAAUUAUUUCUAGACCUUUCUAUGUUUAGGUGAAUUGUAAAUAGGAUAGAGAUCGGUGUGAUUUAGACGUGUAGAUUUAAAUUUAUAAACAGCAUUAUUUUUGGGGGCCAAUUAUGUAUUUAUGUGUCCUAGGGGAUUAAAGCGAGCGAUAGUAAGAAAAUUCAGUCUUAUUACGUAAUUUCUUAUAGCAUAGCAAUCGAAUAGCGAUAAUUCUGCAAUUACUGCUGUAAAAUUGCUUAUUCGUAAAUCGAAAUACCUACGUAAUAAAUAUUUGCUGCCAAUCUGAGUAACAAUUUACAAGAUAUUGAAAAUUGAUUUUUUUCUUCACAUGGUGCCAGAACAGUUAUGUAUAGACAGCAAAAAAGUUCAACAGAAACUGAUUUACGAAACAAGAAAUGCUAUAAGUCAGAUUUUAUAGAAAUCAAAACAUAAUUAUUAUAGCUAUUUAUGUUUUACUUUUUCUAACAUUUUUUUGUUUUUGUAAAUCUGUGGCUUCUUUAUUUGCUGCCAGUACCAACUUAAGUAUCACUUAGUAUUCCGUCAUUCGAUCACUCGCUUUGUCACUCUAUAUAAUAGGCUAGAAGCCACUAUAAUUUGUGCCUUAAGCUACAUAUUAUGUAAAUAUUCAUCAAAGAUGAUUUUCUUUAUAAUGUGAUAAUCAUAACGUUGUUGUAUCCUAGUAUAAUUUCGUUGUAUUAUCUUUUUAAGUAUAAAAAAUGCUUGCAAACGUGACAGUCUAGUCCUUAACAGUUUUAACUGGACUUUUUCAGUGAAGACUUUGCUCUAGAUUAACCGUCGUAUUCACAAACGUCACUUAGUUUUAUUUCACCUUUAAGUGUCAUGUCUUUGUCACUGUUAAGUGGCAAUUAGUGACAAAAAGACGCGAAUGAAAGAACGUGUUUGUGAAUACGGCCGAGAGAUUUGUAAAGAUUUUUUUACAAUAGUCUGCGCGUUGGAUAAAUCUUGAUAUAAAAUGCUGUAUAAUUUCGUUUCUAUUUAACCUAUGUAAAUAAAAUUUUGGAUUUUGUCAAGCUUUUAAAUAUCUUCAUCAUUAUUGAUAUCGCAGACAAAUGCUAGAAGUAAAUACUCAAGGUAGAACACCAAUUUAAUGUAAAUUGUCUAAUAAGCUAAUAACCAAAGUUUUUGUAUUCGGCUGAUAGAAUAAAAGAAGAAUAAUUAUAUUGUUGUGUAGUAAUUACUUUACGUAUAUGUUACGCCAAUAAUGCUUGGACAUAGUUAAUGAAGUUACAUGAAAUAAAAUCAAAUUAUUUUAAGUCUA